AUUUAAUAUCACUCAUACAAAUAAAAGCGUCUCCUUCUUUUCAAAGUCAAUUCGUCUGUCGCAAAAUGGACACCACAAGCGACGCUGCCUCUGUCCUCUCAGGCUCAACCGUCUUCUCCAAAGAAGCCCAGGACCAUGUCUCACCGACAAAAGCCGACACGGAGAUGUCUACAAACGAAGCCGCAAAGCACCGCAAGAGUAUGCGACAGCGAGUUCGCAAUGUCGUAGCCGACCUCGGACGUCCUCCGACUGCGAGAGAUGAUGCCAAGAGCGGAAAUGUCACGCAAAAGCAUGUGGAUGUUGGGCCUGCGGCCGGGACGGUCCUCAUGGGCUCUGCCACCGUCUAAUGCAAAACCAUCGAAUAUUUGAGGCUGGGAAUUUAAUGGGAUGUAUGGAAUGGAUCAACGUUUUGGAUGGCUGGAUCAGAUACCUUUUACUGUACGAGUUAUGGCGUUGGAAAUGAGUUAAAUUGGAUUUCAAGUAUUGACC